AUGGAAAUGACAGUGAAAUCUAAAAUGUGCCCAGGAAAACAGCAUAUGUGCUUGUUUGAAGGCCAUAAUAGUAAUGUCAUGGCUACUAAGUGUGUAAAGAGACGAAGGAGAGAUUCUACUUCUGUUUCACAAACCUACAUAGAUCAACAAGGUCAUCAGCAUGUUGAUCAAUAUGUACCAAUAACAGCAGCAACUACCUCUACUACUACUACUACUACUACUGUCAAACGAAGCUCCAGAUUUCGCGGUGUCAGCAGGCAUAGAUGGACAGGUAGGUAUGAGGCUCAUUUAUGGGACAAAGGGUUCUGGAAUCCAACUCAAAGGAAGAAGGGAAAGCAAGGAGCUUAUGAUGUAGAAGAAUCUGCUGCCAGAGCUUAUGAUUUAGCAGCAGUUAAGUACUGGGGACCAACAACUUUUACCAAUUUUCCAGUGUCAGAGUACGAGACAGAAAUAGAGAUAAUGCAAAACGUUACAAAAGAAGAGUACUUGGCCUCUUUAAGAAGGUAUCAGCUGCACAUUUAUGGACUUUAA